UGUCCCUGUGUGUCCCCAGCGUCCCUCCUUUCUUGUCCCCGAUGUUCCCAUGUCCCCCUCCCGAGGUCGCUGCCCCUUUAAGACUCCCCCAUAUCCCAAUUUCAACCCCGACACUACUUCCGGGUCUCUAGGCCCCGCCCUUCCACCUCGUCCAAUGGGCUGUCACCUCUCCUAGAGGCGCGCGCUCUCCGCCGCUCCCUACUGGCUGUCGAGGAGGAGGCGUGGUCGAGUUUAACCACGCCCUCGGCAUGGUGGGGGCUCCGCUCGGCCGCGAUGGAACUGGGGGAGCUGCGGAAGAGCUACCGGGGGGACACCGAGGCCUUCGAGGAGCGACACUUGGUGUCCCUUGACCCAAUCGAGCAGUUCCGAGCCUGGUUCCAGGAGGCUCUGGAGUGCCCGGCCAUCGGCGAGGUCAACGCCAUGUGCCUGGCCACCUGCACCAGGGAUGGGAAACCCUCGGCUCGGAUGGUUCUGCUGAAGGGGUUCGGGCAGGACGGGUUCCGCUUCUUCACCAACUACGAGAGCAGGAAGGGGAAGGAGCUGGAUUCCAAUCCCUUCGCUUCCCUCGUUUUCUACUGGGAGCCGCUCUGCCGGCAGGUGCGGAUCGAGGGCUCGGUGAAGCGGCUGCCGGAGGAGGAGUCCGAGCGCUACUUCCACUCCCGCCCCAAGGGCAGCCAGAUCGGGGCUCUGGUCAGCAGGCAGAGUUCCGUGAUCCCGGACCGGGAGUACCUGAGGAAGAAGAACGCGGAGCUGGAAGAGCGGUACCGGGACACGACCGUGCCCAGGCCGGACUAUUGGGGCGCGUACAUCGUGGAGCCGGAGGUGCUGGAGUUCUGGCAGGGCCAAACGAACCGGCUGCACGACCGGAUCGUGUUCCGGCGGCUGCGGGACCGCGGGGAGCCGCUCGGGGCCAUGACCCACCGGGGACACGGGGACUGGGUCUACGAGCGCUUCUCGCCCUGAGCGCGGCGCUGCUCCCGCUCCGGAAUGUCCCCGGUGUCGCAGCCACCCCGCCCCGUCCCUGUCGUGCGCUGGGAAAUCGCCUCAGAGCUGCCCUCAUCCCUGGCGUGUCCCCAAAUCCGGCUGCGACCGCUGGCGGUGGUUAAUUA